CACUAUAAUAGUCGGUUGUCUUUUGUUUUCGUCGUAGUUUAAGUUCUAAAGAAUAUUAUUAUUUUUUUACCGUGUGUGUUUGUCUGGCUUAAUAAUGAAUAGGCGCUUUUCAAACAUUCAUUUUUAAUAAUACAAAUAAUAUCUCAUCAAAUUUGUGACUGUGAAAUCAAAAAGUAAUGUUUUUCUUGGUUUCAUUCAUGUGCUUUGCACAGUACUCGGCGAGAUUGCAGUAGACAUAUUAUAUGACUGGAUUAACUACCACGAGAAAACUUACACCUCAAAACACAAUCAUCGGUCUAUAGGAUACCGGAAUACAGGUGUCGUAUAAAUUCCAAGAUUGAGUGAUCGAGUUCUCUUUUCUAAGUUCCAACUGCGUAUAAUACAGAUAACUGUCUACCGAUAAGGCUAACUUCAAUUUCCGCCUUGUCAAAUUAGUCUCGAUGAUUGCACUUUUAUAUUAAUGAUUUUUGAUAAUAGCUAAUAAAUAAUGCUAUGUUUUAGAAAUGCACAAGUGUAUAGUGUGCGGCAAUAAAUCUAAGUACACAAAGGUCAAUCGUGCAGGAGUUAUUUAUCAUGGAUUUCCAAAGAAUGCAUACAUGAGGAAAAAAUGGUUUAAAGUUUUUGGGAUUGAUCGUUGUCAUGAUUGGCAACAUAUAUGUAGUGAUCAUUUUUUAGAAGAAAACUAUAAGCCAGGAAAAAAGCGAUUUUUAUUUUCAAAUGCUAUUCCUCUACCCAAAUGGUUUUCCUUCUAAUUAUGCUAUUCAAAGUGAUGGUGUUGAAACUGGAAAUAAUGUAAUUUUACCAACGGAACAAAAUAUUAAACGAAAUUUGGCUUAUGAUGAAAGUGAUUGCAUAGAAUCUGAAUUUUGCAGAGAGGAACAAACUGGAAAUUCUGUUGUUAAUAAUUUUAAACCAAGACAGUCAUCUACACUUACUGGAAACAAUGAGGAUAUGAGUAAUACAAAUAUGCUGGAACAUACAUUAGGAUAUGGAUUACGAUGUUCCGUUAAAAAUUGCUUUAACUGGCAUUCAAAGAAUCUUAGUUUCUUUGGCUAUCCUAAGGAUUUCACGUUGAGAAAAAUGCGGAAUAAAAAAAGAUCCUGCUGAAAUAUUCAAGAGUACUACAAACAGUACUCACUUUGAACUAGACUGUUUCACGAAUACUGAAUUGAAGAACAGAUUAAAACCAGGCUCUAUUCCAUCAUUAUUUUUAGAUAAUGAUAUAAUUAGUUUUUGGAUUCUGCAGAGGGGAUGAAUAUUUUGGUCUUACAAAGAUAUGGAAUUUUUAUACUUGUGUAAAAGAAAAUUAUAUCAAAUUUAUUACCCACCUAAGUUGGCCUCUUACCAAGAUUUAAAUACAAGUACAAUUUUUUUAAAG